AGGUUACAAGGACAGAACCAGAACAUGAGCUCAAUCAAAAUCCACACCACAAGUGGAAACCGAAAUCUGAACAAAAGAUUGUUCAAGUGCCAAAACCUGAAGUAAAUUUCACUCUAGAUCAUCAUGAUAUUGUUAAUUCCAUGACAAGAUUAAUGCACUUGUCUUGUCCAAGGAAAAGUGAAAUUAUUACAGGAAACCAAGGGAUAAGUCAAGAGGAAAAUAAAAACCGAGCUGGGCUAUCGAAAGAAGGUGAUCAUACCAACCAAGAUCGAAAGUUGCAAGAAAGGCAGCCACCAAACCAAAGUUGUCCAAGGAAGAAUAUCAUUCUUCAUCAUGCUAAAGCAUCCAAGGUAAAUUCGACCAUAACAAAUUCUGUUCAUGAAACUCCAGUAUCAGAUAUAAUUCACUUGGUCUUUGUCCAGAAUGUUGAAAAAAUUUCAGGUUGCAAAGAAGAAAGCUUCAAAGAAAUCCCACCGGAUAAUCUUUUGUUGCCAGAAGGAUCAACCCCAAAGAUGGUCAGAACCGAGCCUACUAGGAGUAUGAAGGGCCAUCCACUGAAUGAGAGAAUCAAUGCUAAAUUCCAUAGCAGAGGCGUGAUCCUAUCCUAUUUGCUGAAAGAAGAGCCACCUGAUGCACAAUCCAUCCCCAAACCAAAACAAUAUCAAUGUAAGACCUUAGCAUCUCAAAAGAGUAUGAAAGCUGACUUUCUCUAUCUUGGUACAGGUUAUCCAGUUUCGAGGUCGAAACUUUUUCAAGGAGGAGGGUAUGAUGCGGCCAUCAGAUCAGCAACUGAACCAGAGGUCAACCCAAAACCCUACUCAACCAGCCAAGGCGCCAACCAGGACAUAUGUGCACUAAACAUGCCAUAUCUUACAAACCAGGAGUGUUUAAAUGAUGAGGCUAAUUUUUAUGGAUUCUACACUAACGAAGGAGUCCAGGACAAUUGUAAUUGGGCCAAAAUAUUCAAGGAGCAAGAAGUUAUGAAUUUUACAAGUCAGAGGUUUCUCAGCCCGUCCAUCUGCCAGUAUGCAACUUUACAAGAGGAUUCAAGCCCAAAGAAGAAGUGUCCUGAACCAAAACCGAUCGUAGGAGUCAAGAGGAGUUUAUCAGCUUUCCAGAAAGCCCAAGAUCUCGAGCAAUGGUCAAGGGAAUUGGAAGAUAUGAUCAAUUUACAAAAACCGGCCAAACCAGCUCUACACUUGCCUUAUUUGGAAGAUCCGGGUUUCACAUCAAACCAACCUCAAUAAUGGCAACCAGGAGACCUUCUAAGUCAUUCAGAGGCACUACACAACAUCAUAGGAAGCACCAUGCCAUACUGGAUCAGGCGGAUCCCAAUCAAACCAAAAGAUCAAGCCGGUUUGCAUCAAUUGGCCAAACCGACAACAUUUAAAGAAAGUCUUCAACCAAUUCAACUUGGUUCGACCCAGGGCUAUUUAUGGGAACCAGAAGAUCAUCUAGACCAUUCAGAAGACAUCCAAAGAGUCCUUAGCUGCACCAGCACCCAGGAGAUCAGGCGUAUCUCUCUUUCCAUUAACAUUCCAUAUAUGGCAACAUCUACACUAAAUGUUUUGGAUGAGUUUCUACAGAUUUUUGCCCAAGACCAACGGCCAUAUUAUCUUCUAUUAAGACCAAGAAGUAUUUCAGGAAGGCUUGAAGAUCAUGGCCAUUUCCAGAAGCUGUCCAGAUACAAGAUCAUCCAAGUUAUCCUUUUGAAGGCACAAAUCGAGCUAACGGUUAGUUUUCAUGGAGCCAUCAAAGCCUUCUCAUCCAAGACUUUUAUUUCGAUUUAUUUUCUUUCCUUAUGUCAUUUUCAGACUGUUAGAGAGUCCUUUGUCGAGCCUAUAAAGCUCUAGUCUUUGCUUCAUUGUAAAUC